AUGGCAGCUGAAAAGGAGCCGAGAGAGCUGUUCGGCGGUGCGAUCCUGGUUGAGUUACCAAGAGGUUUUAUCGAUGCAAGCGACUUCCGACAGGUGCCCGACAAUCAAGAGGUGUUUGUACGCGACGACUCUGACAUCAGCCUGAUCGUCGAAGUACUUCAGCUCGCAAAUGAUGAAGGGGCAGGUGAGAACCUGGAAAACGCAGUCAGGUUUCACUUUUCCUCGCUGGCACAUGACAAUGCGGCGAGCAGUUCCACGGUACUCGAAACAGAUAUCCCGUCAUCACAAAUUGAACCACCAGCAACUCCCUCACCAGCGCGGCUCACUGGAACACAGAUGAUCAGAAAGUUUGGCAAGGCUUCCGAACCCGAAGAGCAAGUCACCAUCCGCGUCGCACUAUGGAGACUGCCAUCCAAGCAAAUCGACCUCGUUCUGAGCGUCAACGAGUCUUCCAAGUCACAAGAUCACCCUCAAUCUUCCAGCGCACAAGCCGCAUUCCAGCUGGCUGCUUCGUCGCUACAAAUUCGUGAUUGGAACUUGUUCGCUUAG